CCCACGUUGUCACAUUAUAAUUUAAAAUCCACGAUUAAACCCCAACGUGACUAUAUUCCAAAUGUAUUAGAGAGAAGACCGGACAUUCUAAUUCCUAACCUGUGGCUUUUCCUGAAGCUGAUGUCAGUGGUGGGCCAAGUUAAGUGUAUCAUGACAGUAUGAAGAAAAAGGGGAGACAGGACAAGCAGGAGCUGGAGACAAAGGAGAAGAAGAAGGUGGAGGAUGUUAAUGACGACGAUGGCCAUAAUCAGGGCUUCAGUGAUUGGCUGAGAUCAGUGGAUGGCAUAGAAAUGAUGAGGCUCUUCGUAAUAGCUAAUUCCCUCCUCGUUUUCAUAACAAUAGCCUGGCCGAAUAUGCAGCAGACGUACACCAUCAUCAAGGAGUACAUAACUGGAGAGGAGGACGAUUAAUCA